UGAUGAUUUCAUUCUCGAUUCCAAUACUUGGUUAAUUCAGUUGAGCUUGUAGUCUUUUUGCAGCCGCAUGUAUUGAUGUCUAUGAGUCGUCUUUCCUUUGCGAGGCUUUGGAGCUCCUUACUUCCAUGAAUUAAUGAUUUGGUUGCUGACCGAUUGCAGGUUACAAAGAGAACACUGAAGUCGAUUUAGUUGGGAUGUCUACAAGUGAACUUGGCGAACUUGGAACUGCCUACCUCUAGAAAUACAAGAUUUGAUUCUGACUUGUUUAGACUUAACUGAAUUCUUCAAGGUUCUUCGAGUUUGCAAAAGCUUCUGGGAUCUAAUAAUCUGCGUCAGCUUCAAGCAAGAGCUCGCUCAUUGUCGAACGGAAAUGCUUUCUUAGUCUUUAAAUGUUUUAUGAAGAGAAGAAGUUUUGUGGCACUUGUGAGGGUUGGAUUGGAAGGAUUACAGAUGGAGCAAGUUAUUCCCGUUCACAGACCCGAUUCCAGCACUGGAUCCUGACUUGUAUAAGGGCUUUCUGGUUGUGAGGUAUCAUGGUCUCAUCUGUGCAAAUAGGGACAGGGCCUCUGGGUUUGACGUCGUCUGCACGUUGCUUUAACAUUUUCACAAGAAAGGUAUUAAAUAAAAUUCUCUGUUUAGGUAUUCACCAUUACCUUGACAGUGAAGCUAACAGAUUGAAUCAGAAUUCUUUGAUGUGGUGGACACACUGACAGCGUGUUUGCGAAAUGAGGAUUUCAGAGAGAUCACAAGUUCCAGUGCAAGGACUUCACUAUGUUGCUUCCAGCUCUCGACCGGAAGCUACUCUAUAUAAGAAGGAAAACAUUGAAGUAGAUGAGUUGGAUAUCUCCCAAUGACCUUGAUAUUGGGCAAACUUGGAACUCCUUACCUCCAGAUAUACAAGGUUUGAUUCUGGCCCAUUUGGAUCUCACCGAACUGUUCAAGGCCGCCCGAGUUUGCAAGAGCUUCCGGGAUGUACUAUUACGCGACAGCUUCAAGCAACUGCGCCCUCGUCUUCGCCCAAUUGAGUGCACUCUCGGUCCUUUGCUGUUUUGUGUGGAAAAGAAGUUGUGGCACUUGUGGGGAUUUGAUUGGAAGUGUCGCAGUUGGUGCAAGUUACCCCCGUUCACCGACCGGAUUCCAGCGCCGGAUCCUGAACUGUUCAAAGACUUUUUAGUUGCUGGUCAUCAUAGUCUCAUUUGUGCGAAUAUGGGCAAGGCUUCUGAACCCGAGAAGCUAUACAUCUUCAACCCCCUAACAGGAGAAGCGCAACAACUGCCUCCUCUAAACUAUCGGCGCCACCCUGUUGUCAUAUCCCUGCAGGUAACUACACCUGGAAGACCAGAUUUUCGAGUGAUCGCAGUAGGAAGUGCGGCAGUUGGAAAAGGACACCUUUCUAAAAAAACAGAGGUGUACUGCUCAGUCAAAAGACGAUGGGAAGUUGUUGGGGAUGUCCCGGGUGAGGAGUUCUCCUUGAACGAUUAUCAGACUGGAGUCUACUGCGAGACGCAAAAGUUGUUGCUGUGCACAGGAUUCAUGGUGGACAAAAGUAAAGGAAUUCUGGCUUUCGAUGUGGGAACAAACAAGUGGCGAGCACACUGGCAUUGUCCAUUUUUCAGGUUACGCCGUAUGCACACUGACUUGACAAUUCACUUCUCUAUUGCCCAGCUUGUGGAGUGCAACGGCUUCAUCUACCUUUUCUCCGAGCAAGAGAUUAGCGGGACUGUCACCCACUGCAUCGACAGGCUUGACUUGGGGAUCGAAGAAACAUACUCAUGGACCAGGAGACUUACACUAUCGAGACGAGGAACCCGAGCUUUAUUAGUGUAUCCAGAAUUCACAUGUGUCCCAGUGCAGGAAAACAAACUCUGCAUCUUCAACACAGUUCAGCGAACUGGAGAUGUGUAUGAUAUGAGUGAGGAGGCAGUCAACAUUUCUCACUACCAGUGCUUACCAACUCCUCCUCCACUCGGCAACAAAACCCUUUUGUACAGUUUGAACCCUUUAAGUUAUUCUUUCCAGCCAAGUUUUGGAGCUGUUCUACCGUAUCUCUAGCCAGAUGAAGACGUGAAAAAAGCAUAGUGGGGCAUGUUCCUGUUAAUGUGUUUAUUUAUAACAAUACGUGCAUUUGUAACAUGUUACAAAAUGAUAUGUAUUUAUGCCAAGUUUCUAUCAAAUAUGGACUGGUUAGAUUGUUAUAAAAGUUUGAGAGAAAUAGAGUAAAAAAUAGUAGCCUGAUUAGAUUGGUUAGUUAUCUCUCAAAUGCAUAUAUUUAUGUGUAUACAUAUUUGUACAUUUAUUUGUAUAUUUUAAUGAAUAUAUAUAUAUAUAUAUUCAUGUUAA